AUGAAUGUCCUCAUGUCUCCCAACAAUGUGACUGAAUUUGUUCUUUUGGGACUCACCCAGAACCCACACUUGCAGAAAAUGCUCUUCGUUGUCUUCUUGUUGAUUUUCCUAUUUACUGUGCUGGCCAAUCUGCUCAUUAUCAUGACCAUCUCCCUCAGCCCCACACUUUCUGCUCCCAUGUACUUCUUUCUCACUCAUCUGUCCUUCAUAGAUGCAUCCUUCACCUCUGUCACCACCCCCAAGAUGAUCGCUGACAUGCUGUACCAGAGGAGAACCAUCUCUUGGGAUGGCUGCCUGACUCAGCUCUUUGUGGGACACUUCCUGGGAGGGUCAGAGACCAUCGUCCUCACUGCCAUGGCCUAUGACCGCUAUGUGGCCAUCUGCAAGCCUCUGCACUACACGACCGUCAUGCGACAGGGGCUUUGCCAGCUCCUGGUGGUGGUGGCCUGGGUCGGGGGGAUCCUACAUGCCACUGUGCAGAUUCUUUUCAUGAUGGACUUGACUUUCUGUGGUCCCAAUGUCACUGACCACUUCAUGUGUGAUUUCGUCUCACUGUUGAAUCUUGCCUGCAGCGAUAUCUACAGGCUUGGAAUGGUGGUGGCAACUAAUAGUGGGGGCAUGUGUUUACUCAUUUUUUUCAUGCUACUUAUUUCCUACAUAGUCAUCCUGAGCUCCCUGAAAUCCCAUGACUCUGAAGGACGACGCAAAGCCCUCUCUACAUGUGGCUCCCACUUCACAGUAGUGGUACUCUUUUUUGUCCCCUGUAUAUUCACCCACUUGCAUCCUGUGGCCGCUUAUCCUGCAGACAAGUUGGUGACUGUGUUCUUUGCAAUCCUCACUCCCAUGUUAAAUCCUGUUAUUUACACUGUGAGAAAUACAGAGGUGAAAAUUGCCAUGAGGAGUUUGUUGAAGAGGAUAGUUACUUAG